CCUCUUCUGUUCACCAAAACAUAAUCUUUGAGGCUAAAUCCUCCGCGUCUUCCCCGAUUCCUCCGAUUUCUGCUUCAAUGGGCGUUUGAUUUGUUCGGGACGGUGUUAGUGUUCAUCAUGGACUCCAAAAACAUCAUCGCUGUGGAUGGGACAGAAUCUGCCCUUGAGAAUGGCAGUGUAGCCAAUGAAGCUCCAGCUGCAGCCGAAAACGGGGUUGUCUCCAAUUGGUUAAAUGGGACUACUGGAGAAAUCUUGGAGUCCGAAUCUGAAAUUCGGAACGAGGAUUCAGGAAGUCUUGCCAAUUUGGGUGGCAGCCAGAACAUUAAAAAAGCAACCAUGGGCACACAAGUUGAAAAUGUGAAUGAUCCAAAGCAUUCUAGAGCGAAAAAGGCUCAAGGAAAGGUCAAGGGUGAGAAGUCCUCUGCUGGCAAGAAUGCAUCAUCGGUCUCAGUUAAGAAGAAGGACAGCAAUGAGAAAAAUGCAGAGGCCAAGGUGGCUGCAUCAAAUGGCCCUACUGCACAUACGGCAAAGUCUCUUAAGAGCAAAUCCUUUAACGAUAGGCAGGCUCGUGUCAUGAAGCAUGGACAGCAUGACACAGAACCAACUGAAGCUGCCGGGGAAAAGACUGAACUGAAGCCUCUGAAGAAACAAUCCCAUGACACAUCCGAAGGGGAUUCUGAGUCUUCUAAAAGUCCAAAAGCAGAAGAUGGCAAAUCUCGCAGAGUUGGUGCCCUUCCAAAUUAUGGGUUCAGUUUCAAAUGUGACCAACGGGCUGAGAAAAGAAGAGAGUUCUACACUAAGUUGGAAGAAAAGAUUCACGCAAAAGAACUGGAAAAGAAUGACAUGCAAGCUAAGUCCAAGGAAACACAAGAAGCUGAGAUUAAGAUGCUAAGGAAGAGUUUGAACUUCAAAGCGACGCCGAUGCCUAGCUUCUACCAAGAACCUCAGCCACCAAAAGUUGAGUUAAAGAAGAUACCACCGACGAGACCCAAAUCUCCAAAACUUGGGAGGAAGAAGAUUGUGUCUGUAGCGGAUUCUGAAGAAUCCACUGAGCAAACCCCUCGUAUCGGUAGGCUGAGUCUAGAUGAGAAGGGUUCCAAAAUUAGCCUGGGGGCAAAGGAAACUCUCCCAGUUGAUUCCAAGAAGCCACAUUUGCGCCGGUCCCUCCCCAGGUUGCCCUCUCAGAAAGCAGGUUUGUCCAACGGGAAGAACGAGGGAAAAGCCUUACCACUGGCCAAAGCUGGCGCAGACUCGAUGAAAGCAAAACCCGAAAAGACAAAACCUGAGAAAGAUGAAGAUUCCACCAACCAAGACCAAGCUCCUACAGCCGAGACAUCCAAUGCUCACCAAGAUGCGCGUGAUCAAAGUACAAGGGAAGAAGACAAAGCUGAAUCUCCCAUGGCAUUGGAACAUGUUCCGGUCGAGCAUUAAACUCUCCGUGGUACGAUCACCACCCUCUAAAUCUCUGAACCUCGUUCUUGCAUAAAUUAAGGAGCUUGAAAAAAAAACACGGACCAUAUCGAUGAAAUGGUCAGAAGAUGGAGAAGAAGAACUCGAAAGAGAAUCCGGGCAUGAAGUUUGUAUGCAGGUUGUGCCUUUUUGUUCAUGCUUUGUGCGUUUGCUUCCGCAGAUUUGUUGCUCAUCUACUACAUAUAUUUUCUUCUCGUUUCUUUUUUUAGUAAGCAAAGCUUUCAGUGGUGUUUUUGCACAACGUUUGGUUUUAUAAUGCUUAAAUUAUGUUGUUUGAUGAAAGAUCCUCUUUUUCCC